AUGAAGUUGGAUGGAAUCGACGUCAGUCAUAGAACAGAUUUGGCGAACUUGUCAGGAGCCAAGUUUCACAGAACAGGGAGAAGAUGGCGAAUAACAACAGAGUAUAUUCUGGGCCAUGGGAAGUCUGUCAGCACCAAAAAGAUUCCGAAUUUGAAUCACAUCUACCCGUUCAACAACAUAGAUUUCACAGCACACAGCGAAGAGGCCGAUCAAGUCAAACGGCGAGAAUUUGCUCGUGGUUGUGUGGUGCAGAAUCGCAGGAAUUGGGAUUAUAAAAUGCAGUCUGACGCGGCACUGGACAUGGUAGGAGAAUCUGUCGUUAGCGUCGACGAAAAGCGCAACUUGAUUCCAGAGAGCCAAUGCAUUGUCCGAGCUGUCAGACAAGAAAAAAGUGCUCGAGCCUGGUUUUCCAUGGAACGGUGUCGGAAUUCGUCUUUCCGAAACAGACAGAGGUCUGAGAUCCAUCUUCAUCGACAAAUGCCAGAGAUCUUUAAGAGGUUUACCGGUGAUCCUGAUCUGAUCAUAUCCGACUGCUGGGUGAAUUCCGGUAUGACGAGUCAGGAUGGUUGCUUGUUGCACAAGCAGGAAGAAACGAUCAAACAAGGCACGAGUAUUGCGAUUUGAGAUGUACAGCGGCAGUGCCUUUUUCGUCCCUCGCAUGUUCGGCUUUGAUGCACGCGAAGCUCGGGACGAAUAAUUGAGCACACAGCGGUGUUUCCUUCUGACCUGGAUUUUCUAUGACCUGGGUGGAGAAAGUCUAUGAACUUUUCAUAGAACCUAGUCAAUGUGUGGGAAAGCGAGUUACGUAAGUUUUCUAUCAGGUGUGGCUCCAUAGCUGCUUCGGGCCCAUCUGCUCGUUCGAAUACCUUCUGUCCGAAAUAGUGUCCGUGUUCUUCUUCUCACCUGAAAGGUUACAAGAGCUCUCCCUUGAGAACAAAGUUUUCAAUACAGACGGGAAAGUGUAAGCCACAAGAUUGAGG